ACGGACACACGAAAAAUUAACCACAGCUUUCUUCGAGACCACAACUAUGUGACUGAAGAUAUCAUCUGCUGGCUGCAGAGUGGGUGGAUUCAGCUUCCAUCUGGAGCCUGAGCAAAUCACCUGAGGAAGAUCUUGCUUUCUACUGUGUCCUAAAGACAACAUGGAAGGGGAAAGCAUCUAUGAGGUUGAUUGUGGAGAUGGGCUUGGAGCUGAUAUUAUUUCUACAGUUGAGUUCAACCACACUGGAGAACUGCUGGCUACUGGUGACAAGGGGGGUCGGGUUGUUAUAUUCCAAAGGGAACCUGAGAGUAAAAAUGAGCCUUACAAUCAGGGGGAGUACAAUGUUUACAGCACUUUCCAGAGCCAUGAACCUGAAUUUGAUUAUUUGAAGAGCUUGGAGAUAGAAGAAAAAAUAAACAAGAUCAAGUGGUUACCACAGCAAAAUGCAGCUCACUCACUUUUAUCAACAAAUGAUAAAACAAUCAAGUUAUGGAAAAUUACUGAAAGAGAUAAGAGGCCAGAGGGGUACAACUUAAAAGAUGAAGAGGGAAAACUUAAAGAUCUUUCUACGGUAACAUCGCUGCAGGUGCCUGUAUUGAAACCUAUGGAUUUGAUGGUAGAAGUCACUCCCCGGAGAAUCUUUGCUAAUGGUCACACCUAUCAUGUCAAUUCAAUAUCUGUCAACAGUGACUGUGAGACAUACAUGUCAGCGGAUGAUCUCAGGAUUAACCUCUGGCAUUUAGCAAUCACGGAUAGAAGCUUCAACAUUGUAGAUAUAAAGCCAGCCAAUAUGGAGGACCUGACGGAAGUGAUUACAGCCUCUGAGUUUCAUCCCCAUCACUGCAAUCUCUUUGUCUACAGCAGCAGCAAAGGAUCCCUGAGACUCUGUGACAUGAGGGCUUCGGCUCUCUGUGACAAACAUUCCAAGCUUUAUGAAGAACCAGAAGACCCCAGUAACAGAUCAUUUUUCUCGGAAAUUAUCUCUUCAGUGUCAGAUGUCAAGUUCAGUCACAGUGGUAGAUACAUGCUAACAAGAGAUUACCUCACUGUCAAGGUUUGGGAUCUGAACAUGGAGACAAAGCCUGUAGAAACGUACCAGGUCCAUGAUUACCUUAGGAGCAAGUUGUGUUCCCUAUAUGAAAAUGACUGCAUCUUUGACAAGUUUGAAUGUGCGUGGAAUGGAUCAGACAGUGUGAUAAUGACAGGUGCAUAUAACAACUUUUUCCGAAUGUUUGACCGAAACACCAAGCGAGAUGUGACCUUGGAGGCGUCCCGGGAGAGCAGUAAACCACGAGCUAUUCUGAAGCCCCGGAGAGUCUGUGUCGGAGGCAAACGGAGGAAAGAUGACAUCAGUGUUGACAGUUUGGACUUUACUAAGAAGAUCUUGCACACAGCGUGGCACCCAACUGAGAACAUCAUUGCUAUAGCAGCGACAAACAAUCUGUACAUAUUUCAGGAUAAAGUGAACUCAGAAAUGCACUAGAUUUGUCAAUAUCCCUCUAUAUUUCCAAACCAGCCUCUUGAGAGUUGUAGAAGGAUGUGAUCCUCACAAAAAAUUGUGGCUUCUGUGGUGGGAUUUGUAGGUUGCAUCCUUUCAUCCCUCAGCCUGUAUCAUUAUUGGUGGCAAGCCAACUAUUUUCCAUCACUGCAACUGUAUGAGUAAAAGGCACGACUGCAAAUCCAGUACUGUGGUCUGUAUCGGUUCCUUUAAACAAACAGGGAUGUCUAUUCACUUUGGGAGCGUUUCAGAGGAGGGUUGAGACUCCUCCCAUCAGUCCUGUCAAGGGUCUCAGUGGUUGACAGGACUAUGCUGUUGUGGUGCCCUGCCUGCUUUUGCAGUCCACAGCAUUUACCACAUUGUUAGAGCUUUUUGCCUCAAUCUCUUAUCAAUUUUAUUUUCCAGUAACAUUUUCCCGUUUUUCAACUAAGCCCAGCCUGUUUGAGUGAGUGAAUAGCUGCAUCCCUUUAGAGUACAUGGCAUGUUGAAGGGGCCUCCUGACAGUUGUCACAGCAAGCAGAGUGAAAAGCUGGUGAAAAGCUGGACGGUGUCACCUCUUCCCUUCCCUUCUUUACAACACCCUCUUAUUUAUUUAUUUAGUCACAUUACUUUGUGCUUCAACAUCCCAAGUGAAUAAGUGGCAGACUGGCAUAGUUACUCAGCCAGCUUGUUUUAAGAAGUUCAUUCUCCAUUUGCUCUGUUUAUAACAAUAACUAGUAUCUUCAUCACAUGCAGGACUAAUAAAAAACUUGGUGUUGCCACUCCAACAGGUACUGGCUGGUCAGACAGCCUGGCAAUUACCAGCCAAACCUGUCCUGCCAUUUAGGGGUUGGAGUUCUGGAAACCUUGGAUAGAAACACUAUCUUUGAAGGCAAUGAUUGACUUCAGGGGGAACAAAGUUGCAUCACUGCUAAGACACUUCAGAAAGUCACUUGUUUGUUGGUUGCAGCAUGGUUAUCUCGAUCGUGGCCUUUGCGAAAUGCAGGGGACACCAGGGUAUCUGCAAUUGUAAAAGGAAUGGUACUGCAGGGUGCAGCACUGCUCAGUGAAUUUUGAGGCUUUUAAAUGAGUCCAUUGCUGGGAGACAAAAAUUGUUCCUGGAGAAAAAUAAAAAACUCCAAACUAAAUAAAAGCUACAUAAAUACUAGAUCUAUCUCUGGCUUAAAGUAAAUAGUGAUGUAAAUGGGAAAGUGCAGGCAAUCUGUAUCAGGCAAUCGGUGUAGUGCAUGCAGUGAUUAUAGGGAACAAUGCUCUGUGCAAGGGAGUCCUCUUAGUCCAGGAAAAGAAAGUUCUGCUGCAUCCUUAAUAGCUCUGGCAGAAACAUUAGUAUCCCAAAGGAUUUCUCCUCAAACCAUGAAUACAAGAGCACAACUCAGAUGGCCUGUAAAUCUGCCUGUAGUAAAACUCCUCAGAAAAAACAAAGUCUCUAAGCCAUUAUGCACUGAUUUCUUGGUAAGUGGAGAAUGUACUGGUGAAGGGAUCUGCAUGCUUUUAUAUUUCAAUUUAGGGGAAGGGGUGGGUGAAAAAUCUGCUUACAAGAACUAAAAAAAACAAAGUCUACAGCUUUUAUAUGACGUCUUCACACAAACCAUGAAAUCUGUAUGUUCCAGGUUUUUUAGAUGAACGCUGUAUAUUUUGUGUGUCAGAAGCACAGACGCAUGUGCAUCAGUUUCCAGCCACACUAAACACGUACAGUAUGAAAUGUGUAGGUUAAUUUAAAAGGGAAUGAGGAAUGUUUGUCUAUAAAAUACUGUGUGCUGUAGCAGGCAUGGACAGUAUAUGUACAUAUUUAUUCUAAUGAGAUUUAACAAAAUUGCUUUUCCUUUUUUUUUUCCCUCUCCCCUUUGUAAAAAGGUUUAAGAAUGUGGUAAAUUGUAUAGAAAACUUGUUAAUGCCAAACUACUGCUUCAAGGGUGUCAUAAAAUUUCUUUGACUUUUGGCCUUCUCCAUUAAUCUUUGCAGCUCAAAAAACAAAUGAAAAAAAGCUAUCAGCUCAUAUUGGCAUUUCCAGCUAGAAGUACAGUAACACGUAUAUUUAGCUUUUAAGAUUCUCAAGUAAGAUUCUAUAGAUAACUUAUGAUAAAGCAGAUCCUAAUACAAUAAGUUUUUUUUCUUCUUUUUAAUUUGAAGUACCUUACUCUAUUACAGCUUUGGGUACCAAAAAGAACACGUCAAAAUUAAAGAAAUAAAUAUAUAUCUCUGGAGCUUUAUAAAACUAAUGGAAUACUCACCCAAAAUACCAUGAAGUGAUUAUAGAGGAAAUCAAUAGAAACCUUUCAAAGAUCAGUAUUCUGUUCCUCUCGUUCACGUCACGGCUCCAGAUCAGUUUCCUGGUUUCUUGAAUGUAUGGAAAGUUAACAUCGUCAUUGUGAACGUUUCCAACUUUCUUUCUCUUUUUAGUUUGAGCUUUCAGUGCUGUAGAGUAAGUGGUGGUAAAGUUGGUAAAUCUGAUUGUUUUGAAAGCUGUUGUUCAUGGCUGCAUUCUUUGUGUUGCACAAAUUAGCUAACUGUUGUUGAAUAAAAAUAUAAAUAUGUUAAUACCAGCUUUUUCAAUAAAACUACAACCA